AUUGUUUCCACUGAUCAGUCCGUGCCGCCAAGCGUCACCAAACGAUCGCCGCUGCGCGCUGCUAGGUGCAACGUUUCCUCCGCAUUCAAGGGCUUCGCGAUUUUUUGUGCAAAAAUUACACUAAUUCAAACACCGGGUUUAAUGUGUAGUUUUUAAUUUUAAUUAAAUGUAAAUAUGGUCUAUAAUAUGAUUUAUAUGGUCUUUUGAUGGUUUAUGCUUGACUUUUUCCGCCUUAGUUGCAGUGAUUUUUUUUCUUUUUUUAAAUAGAAACAAUACUUUAAUAUUUAGAGCUCGUAAAUUCAUAUAUUUAGGAAGUUUUUAAACUCCAAAUCAUAUUAAAACUGUUCCGGUGUGUUAUUAAACAUGUUACAGCUUCUUUGAGACAUGCGCAAGUUGAGGCUGAAUUUUCGGGGGCCGAGAAAAUUUCGGCCGCGGUGUCCUCGUCGGUGUGAAAAUCCCUGCUGAUAAAGCUGUGAUCGGAACAAUGGUGUCCCUUUUCCUGAAAAUUUUAAUCUCUCCCACAGUGCGGUCCUUUUAUUCGUGAUACAUUUCCGUCCUUCCAGAUUUUAUCCCGAUCCGACCGAACCCCGAAGCUUAUCGUUAAUCUCUAGUUAGCAUCACUUUCGAGUGGAAGGUCCUCGGUUUUUCGGAGCGUGCUGUAUUCGUUUUUCGUUAUUUUUGUUCUGUUUUUGUUGUAUAUGUUUAUGGCAAUUAGAAAUGUACUUCCUUUUAAAAUUUUCGCGGCACACCCGAGGAGGACCCUGGGUCACGCGUCCCGAAAUUUGAUUAUAGUUUCUCUGUCGCUGACUAAACUAGCGCGAUGACCGUCACUUACACGGCCGAAGUAGCCACCUGCCGUGGUUUUGGCUGCUUUUUGAAGCUUCUCGUCAGGUGGAAAGGCAGCAUUUAUAAACUGGUCUGGCCUGACUUAGUAGCGUUUUUAACGGCUUACUACGUUUUAAACCUAACGUAUCGCUUUGCUCUUGAUGAAGAACAAAAAAGGCUGUUUGAAAGCAUCUCUGAAUACUGUGAAACUUACAGUAAUUUGAUUCCGCUAUCAUUUGUGCUUGGUUUCUAUAUUUCUAUUAUUAUGCAAAGAUGGUGGGACCAAUAUCACAGCAUACCAUGGCCUGACCCAAUAGCAGUUUUCGUCAGCUCACACAUUCAUGGCCAGGAUGAAAGAGGAAGAUUAAUGCGACGUACCAUCAUGCGAUAUGUGUGUUUAUGCCUUACAAUGGUUUUUUCUAUGAUAAGUCCAAGGGUGAAGAAACGUUUCCCAACCUUGGAACAUUUUGUUGAUGCAGGAUUACUUCUUGAUAAUGAGAAAAUCAUAGUCAAUGAUUUAAAUGAGAAAUUUCCAAGACAUUCCAAACAGUGGUUGCCAAUUGUUUGGGCCGCCAGCAUUGUGACCCGCGCUAGGAAAGAAGGUAGAAUACGAGAUGAUUUCUCAGCCAAAGCAAUAAUAGAUGAAUUAAAUAAGUUCAGAGGCCAGUGUGGUCUCCUUCUUAAUUAUGACACAAUUAGUGUGCCUUUAGUUUAUACGCAGGUCGUUACGUUGGCUGUGUAUUCGUUUUUCAUUACAAGUGUGAUGGGUCGGCAGUGGUUAGAAAUCACCGACAAAGAUAAUCCAAUGAAAAAUCACAACAAUAUAAUUGAUCUUUACUUUCCAUUGUUCAUCACGCUUCAGUUUUUCUUCUACAUGGGAUGGUUGAAAGUGGCUGAAAGUUUAAUUAAUCCUUUUGGUGAAGAUGACGAUGACUUCGAAGUAAAUUGGAUCGUCGAUAGAAAUGUCACUGUGUCUUAUUUGAUUGUGGACGAAAUGCACCACGAGCAUCCAGAACUGAUCCGUGAUCAAUAUUGGGAUGAAGUUUUCCCUACUGAGCUUCCUUAUACCAUUGCCACUGAACCAUUCCGGGAAAAAGCCCCUCAGCCUUCCACCACAAAUAUCGCGGUCACAGAUGCUGAAGCAGAAUAUGCUGCACCAUCAUCUUUGAAAAUUGAUGAAAUGAGCCUUAACGAGCAGGGAGAUGAAGGAAUAACAUUUUCAGCUGGCCGGCGCAGUGCAAGUAGAGCGAGUCGCGCUGACCGAACAAUGUCUGCUGGUUCUUCCAACAGUUUGGCAAGUUCACUUCAUCGGGUGGGCUCAAUCGCUUCAGUCAUUCGCCGUAAGUUUUCACGGGAUCCGAUCACUGUGUCCGUGGAUGGUGCUUGUUCUUCUUUUUUGAAACCUGGUAAGUUCGCAAUAGAUGGCAGUGCCAAUGAUGGGAAAGUCGGCAUCAGUAACAGCACUGAUAGCUUGACAGUGAAGUAUGUCCCAGGAGGGAGUAUGCGCAUUUCUGAUCAAGUCAUCGAAGAAGUUGAUGAGCAGCUAACAAUCACUUCGUCCGGACGCCAAGAGCCUAGACCGAGCGUCCUGUCCAUUUUUCCACCUACCCCUGCCUCUGCUCCCGUUCCUGUGCCACCCGGCCGCCAACAGCACACGCCUCUAAUCUCACGGUCAGUGCCAACCUCAGCUAUCGCUCCAGCUAACCCGUGUCACUCGCCCGCCACAUCAAAUGUCACCUAUACUGAAAUACUAUCCGCCAGAAGCGGGCUCGUGGGUAGCGAUGCCUUUUCAGGUCUUGGCAGUGGUAGUAUCAUCCAUGGUGAUGCAGUCGAUAAGAUAAGUAUAGGCUCCACGACGAGCAUCUCAUCGGACGAUGACUUCGAGCGGCUGAAAGCGAAACGGCAAAGAGAAAAAAUUCAAAGGAACUACGCUCGCUCAAUUUCAGGUGCCAAUGAUGUGUUCAGCGUUGAUCAGAAUGAAGCAGAAGCACUUCUUUUAGAUAUAAGUGCAAAUUCUCGUACUGGUCUCUUACCACGUUCAAGAGCACCUAGUGUCGUUAGUCAAGACUUCAAAGAUCCUACUCAGGAUUCUAAUCCCAAUGAUCAGACUCAAAAUGGUGAUAGUGAGACUAAUAAUUCUAAUGCUCCCCUGUGAUCUCUUUUUCAUUUCAAGAUAAUAUGCCUUUCAGUCAGUUUGAUAAAGUUCCAAUUUUCCUGCUCUGGAGACUGGUUAUCGUACAAUUUUUAUUCAAUCCAUUCAUCUCAGAGUCACUGCAAGUAUUAACAUAAGUGGGAUGUUGGUUCUUUUACUGAACCAACAACGGAAAUGCAUUAAUCCUUCUAGAAGAUUUGAAAUGAUUGAAUAUAGAGAUGUAAAGCUCUAUGAAAACCACCAUUAUUGUUUUGCAGUUUUUCAUACAAGUGAAUAAGUAUGUAAAAGACAAAACAGGAAUCCCAUAAUGUAAACAAGUAUGUAUAAGAAUCAGACAUGGUGGAAUUUGAUCCCCUCAGUCAUUCAGGUGUAGGCCAGUGACGUGGUGUGCAUUGUGAUAUAUUGAUUGAUUUGCCAUUUAAACCUAUGGAAAAAGAUUGAUUAUUACGGCACUCAUUCCGAACAUUAUCCUGUUAAUGGAUCCUUUACCAUAGGUUUAAAUGGCAGAUCAAUCGAUUUAUCGCAAAGCACGCCACGUCACUGAUAUAGGCUGUGCAAUUCUGAUGGAACCAGAACUUCCCUAGAAUUCAGGAAAGAAAAAAAUAGGGAAAGAAUUUCUACAAGAAAUGGACUGUGAUUAAAAACCAACUACCUACUCCAGGACAAAAAACAAAAAUAUUUCAAUUCUUUGUAAUGAAUUCUAUUAAAGGAAUGUUAUCCAAUGUGCAAUUAUAACUUCAAAUAGAUGAAGACUAUUGUAAUGGAAGAGGAUUAUAGUUUACCAUAGGGAACCACUAUUUCUGGCUCAUCUGUAAAAAACACUUAUCUGCAUGGGAAAACUAAUGGCACGUAUGUUGUUUCUAAAAAAAAGCCCAGAAUUGUACUUAGUUUUUUAUUGCAAAAUGUAGCCCAGUUGGCAUCAUCUAUUGUAAUUGAAGGGGUCAAAACCAGAAAAUAAAGAACAAAAAGCUAGAACUCAAUGACCAGGUACAUUUUCUUAAAACUUGAACUGUGUGUCACUUAAUGAAAUUAAAAUGAACGAGAGGUGGAGUGAGAUUUCAGGCCACAACUGCAGAACUAAAUUUUCACCCUGUUAACAGGAUUUUCAAAAACUCUAAAUUGACCAAGCAACGUCAAUUUUUUUUUUUUUUUUUUCUCUUCCAUAUUUUUCUCUUUCAUAGAUUCUUUUUCCUUUUAAUUUUGUUUCAUUGACCCCUACAGUUGUACAUUAUGCACAUUGUACACUAAUGUAGUGAUGUUUUGAUGAAGAAUAUAGCCCCAGGCAGAAGAUCAUUUCAGUCAUUCCAGCAUUGGCAGUAACUGCAGGAUUUAACUUAGGUAUGUUUUAAAUAAGGUAAAGAUUUUAGACAAUCAAUUUUUUCUCCCAAUUUGGAGUAAAUAUGUAUUUCUUAAUUUAAGCUUUAAUUUUCCAUGCUAGUGCUUUAAUAAGUUUAUGGACUAUGUAAUUGGAGAGGGGGGGGGGCGGCUGUUACUCCAAGAGUGUAUGAAAAGGUGCUAACCAAAACUCUUCUCUAUUAGUUCAAUUGGAAAUCAUUCUUCCAUCACAUCUAUUACUGCCAAUAUUUGUGCUUUACAGCUUCCGUGCAUUCAUGAUGAUUAUGAAUUAUCCUAUUCUUUGUCUCCCAAGUUUCUUUUCAUACCCUCAUACUUCUCUUCUCUGAAGUACCACUCGAUUUUUCAAUUUCAAAAUUGAAUUAUUAGAGAAUUUAUCUUUCGCCGCACAACGCAGUAAUCCUGCAUUUCGAUUAAUUUAAUUUGACUGUCCCAAGGAAAAAAAACUUAGGUUCAUGGAAACAAAAUUUUCAGUGAAUCAGUUUGUCGAGAUGAGUUGGAAAAUGAGAUUUUCCGAUUUUGAGCUCAUUUUUUUACCAUCAGAGCAUGUAAAAUUGAAUUGAAAUAUGACAAUUUUCUGCUUCGUUUAUCACAGAAUAGAAUUCCAUAUAGCUUUUCCUCCAAAUUUGAACUGCGAAUUUAAAACUUCCAUAACUUUGGUUAAGUUUGACAGUGUUGUGUUUUCUUGUCUCAAAAUUUUCCAUGAAUAUUUUGAGCUUAUGUAACAUAAACCGUUUUAGUUUUUGUAGAAAAAAUUCCCUUUCCUCAUGGACAGUCAAAUUUACAGGAUGGUUACAUGAUGUCACAUUUUCUGAGCACGUUUAAAAGAAAGUGCCUAUUUUCAAUGUCGAAUAAUUUAACCCUGAAUUAAAACAAAUCCUCUUCGCACACUUCUGGAUUUUCGUCCAGAUCAUCAUUUCCAUUCCCAUUCAACUAUUUGAGGUCGUGCCUAAAAGUUAUUAUUGCUGUGGUAUUGAUCUGUGUUAUGCUCAAGGCCUUAUCAUUAUUGUUUGUCUGUUUUCUUACGUUGUUAGCUUACUUUGUAACUUUUUUCCAAACUUGAUUUUUUAUAUGGCUCACCAUUAAUUUUUUAAGAGCAUAUUGUAAGCCGAAAAAGCUUUAAAAUCUAACAGUCUGCUCUGGUUUUUACAUGAAUCUUUGUUGACCUAGUAGGAGGCAACUUCAACAAAAAAUAAUGACUGAAGCAACUCACAAUUUGUUCCUUUGUAUUUUUAUUGCACUGACUUUUAGUGUUUGUAAAUAGUUACUUCUACCAGUUAAAUAUAAUUUUGUAUAAAGUAGACGGAUAUGUACACAUAUUUAUGUGCUUUCAAUUAAAUUAAUUUUAUUUUACAUCCAGA